AUAGGCUGGGAGUUCUCUCGGUCCAGACUGCAGGAAAUCCGACGUGGACUAUAAACCAGCAGAAACAGAUAGACAAACAAGCGAAUGACCAGAAGUCAAUGCGGAAAACUUGACCAGAUUUUCUGCCGUGGGACUGAACGCUACAGUGUAUCUAAAAGUCUGAGAUUAUUGCAACAUGCCACGGCGGACUGUGCUAGAAGUAACUGUUCAAGACGUGCAAAAGAGAAGAAACCCCAACAAACACUAUGUUUACAUUAUCAAAGUGGCUUGGUCUGAUGGCAGCACUGAGAUCAUUUUCAGGCGCUACAGUAAAUUUUUCGACCUUCAGAUGGAGCUUCUGGAUAAAUUCCCUGUGGAAGGUGGACAGAAGGACCCCAAACGCAGAAUCAUUCCCUUUUUACCAGGCAAGAUUCUCUUCAGAAGAAGCCACAUCCGAGACGUGGCCAUGAAACGACUGAAACCCAUUAAUGAGUACUGUAGGGCCCUGAUCCAGCUGCCGGUGUAUAUUUCCCAAUGCGAGGAGGUUCGUGUGUUCUUUGAGACGCGUCCUGAAGACCUGAACCCACCAAAAGAGGAACCCAGUGGAAAAAAGAAAUCAGGCAUUGUGGAGCGAGUGACUUCUUUCCGAAAGCGAGGAGGAGACUCGUCCUCAGCGGACCCGCUGCUGCUGGACCAGUACGUGGCCGUCACCGACUAUGAGAAGCAGGAGAGCUCUGAGAUCAGUCUGUACGUGGGGCAGGUGGUGGAGGUCAUCGAGAAGAACGAGUCCGGUUGGUGGUUUGUCAGCACUGAGGACGCUCAGGGUUGGGUACCAGCCACAUGUCUGGAAGUUCAGGAUGACCCUGAUGAUUUCUCACUCCCAGCAGAAGAAGAGGAAAAGUACACUGCGAUCUAUCCAUACUCUGCACGCGAUCAAGAUGAAAUCGAUUUGGAGAGAGGCAUGACUGUUGAGGUCAUUCAGAAAAACUUGGAAGGCUGGUGGAAGAUCAGAUACCAAGGAAAAGAGGGCUGGGCCCCGGCGUCCUAUCUGAAGAAGGCUGAUAUCCUCAGUCAGAAGAUGGCUGCUGGCGCUCCAGGUCAUGCUAGCACUAAUGAUCUAGAUGUGGCUUGCAAACAGCAGAAUGCCAACAAGGAAAACAAGGAGAACCAGCGCGACCGAUUUUCACCAUUUUCAGAAAGCAAGCGCAAAGCAGGAGCUCGACAGAGACCUCCACCACGCCGGGAUCUUACUAUACCCCGAGGAGUGAAUCUGCCUAAACCUCCAGUGCCCCCACAAGUAGAGGAGGAGUAUUACACCAUAGCUGACUUUCAGACGACCAUCCCAGAUGGCAUUAGCUUCCAGGCAGGAGUGAAAGUUGAAGUCAUUGAGAAGAACUCUAGUGGCUGGUGGUACAUUCAGAUCGAUGAUAAAGAAGGCUGGGCUCCAAUCACAUUCAUUGAUAAAUACAAGAAAACCAGCAAUGCCUCUAGGCCUAAUUUUUUGGCCCCGCUUCCUGGUGAGAUGGGUCAACUGAAGCUUGAUGAUACCUCAAGCAAUAAUACCAACUCUGAGAACAGUUGGUCCAAACCUCUACCAGACGAACCUUCAUCCAACUCUGAUUUCUCCACCCGUUCCAAGCUGAGAGAAUGGAAGCCCAAUGCAGUUAAAGGCAGCUCCCAUUUUUCAGGGCCCUUACCUCCUCCUCCAUCCUCACCCACGGCUGAAGAGAAGCCAGCUUUACCGCCAAGGAGAGAAUCCAUCAACAAAAGCUUAGAACUGGAGGACAAACCCAAAGCAGACCUUUGUAAACCUCUCCCACCCAAACCACCAGCCCCAGGGGUCAUCGUGCCAUUGGUGACUCCAAAAGCAGCUCCUGUCAAACCAGACAAACCCCCAGAGAUUAAGAAAGAGGAGAAGAACAAGCAGCUCCACCUACGCAAUGAGAUGGGCUUGGAGUGUGGCCACAACAUCUUGGCCAAGGAGGUGAAAAAGUUCAACCUAAAGCCUGUGGCCAAGCAGCCUCCCAAACCCAAAGCAGAUUUGCAAGAAGACAAGCCGGAUUCAGCCAGCCCAGCUCUGUUCCUCAAGCCGAAACCAGUGGUCAGACCAAAGCCUGCCCCUGCAGCCAAACCAGAGCCAGUGGCCAAGAAUGAGCUGGACAUCACAAACCUUCGGAGUAAGCUUCGUCCAUCUAAACCUCCAGAGCUCAGCGGCAACUCGAGUGAUCCCAGCCAGCAGAGCGAUACUCCCCCGAAUAAUGGCAGAACAAACGAAGAGUCAAAAUCCCCCAAUAAACAACAAAACGGCCAUGACCCAUCAGAAACAACUAAACCACCACCACCAACAACAGCACCAAAGGAGCCUCCCCAGAGGCCUUCUGUGGCACCUAGAAGACCUCCUCCACCAAAGAAGAGUUCUGAGCCAGCCAGUCCUACAGAGACCAAAGCUCCCCAAAAAGACUUGCCAGAAGCCAAGCCGGCCGGCCCUCCUCAGAGCAGACCCCCGCCACCCAAAACAAAGCCAAAAGACAAGAAGGAGGAACCCAAGGCCAAAGUCCCAGUGCCACCAAAGCCCCCCAUUAAGACAGAAAAACCAGGGCCUCCGAGAGACAAACUCCCACCUCUUAUCAAGGAGCCGAUCAAGGAGCCAGCCAAGGAGGAGCUGUUCUUAGCUGUGGCGGACUUUGAAGGAGACGAGCAGACGGCUGGCUUCAAAGAGGGCGCUGUUUUCGAAGUUCUGGAGAAAAGUAGCAACGGCUGGUGGUUUUGUAAAAAUGUGAGCGAUGGGCCAGUGAUGGAGGGCUGGAUCCCUUCCAAUUACCUGACCAAGAAACCUUAGGUACUCUUGACACGCUGCCUAAAGUAAACUUAUUUAAUUAACAUCCUUUUAUUUAUGGGUAACUUUUUUUUUUUUUUUUUAAAUGACAUUCCAUCCUUUGCAAGUUCAAAUAGGCCAUAAUAUUUUAUUUGCUUGCUUUUUUUGUAACUCUUUUCCCUUUUGGGGAAAACCAUGUGUGCUUUCAUAUGUUAGCACUGAACAUGAAGGGUCUUGCCUAUUCUUAUAUUAAUCAAACCUUAUAUGUAUCGCUAAAGGGUUAAGUGACUAGCAAUAUAUAAAUGACUUUUCGCAGCCUCCAUGAUAUUGUGCCUCAAUAUAAUAUGCAAAGCGCUCUGCUUUUGCCGUAGAUUAUGCAAAGCGUGAUGUCUGAGCAGUGUCUAUCAGCAGAUUCGAAAUUUAAUAUUAAGCAUACUAUGAAUCCAUACAAGUAGCAGGCUUGAGCUAACAUGGCAAAGCCUGGAGUGCUUGUUAAACUAGCUUCCUAAUGCUAGAUUUCCAUUUUGAAGCUUUUAGUUUACAGAAAUUGGUCUGCUUCCUUGUUCUUACACUACAAGACUCUACAAAACAUGUUGCUUAUUUAUCGACUUUAUUGUUUUUUGUUUCAGUCUGCACUUUUUUUAAUAGACUUUGCGUAGAAGUCUGCACUGCGGAACUGAUGAGUAAAGGGAAGGUGCAGAACGAGGAGAAACGGGAAACAAACACAUGGCCUUAAGGUUUACAGAACAGUGGCACCCAUUUCUAGUUUCAUUUUCACGGAUGAUUUCUGUCACAUGAAUGUUCUAGCAAACAUUGAUUUAAAAAAGCAGCCCCUUUUGCAGUACCAAUCAUACAUUAGUGAAUAACAGAAUACCUCAGAUCAGCCAUGAUAUUGUCAUUAUUUUAUAUGUCAGUAUUGCCCAAACAAAGUAUUUUCAUAUCACUGACAAAGGUGCUUAGAUAUUUUACAAUCAUUGUCAAAUGUUUUAACAUUCAUGCUUGACUGGUUUCAAGCAUACAUUUGAUAAACAUGUUUAUUUUUAACACUACAUUUGAAAAUGUGGUGUAUUAUGUUACUGAAAUAUUUCUUGUCUUUUUUGACAGUUUUUGUUUUCCAUUCAUUUAUCAGAAAACAGUGUUAAAUAGGUGCCCGGUCUGAUCUGACAAUACCAGGAGCACUGAAAAUAUGCUCAUUUUGCUCUAUGGUCAUCUGCUCCUAGUUGCUAUGAAAUGCAUUCAUAGAAGCACUCCAUCUAUUAAAAAAUGUGCAACAAAUGCAAGUGCCUGAGUUUGGAAAGGAUAAUGGAAGGUGUUUCUGAAGUUUUUGCAAGAAAAUGAUUAUGAGAAAAAAUUAUAAUAAUGUGAAGGAUAAUAGAGAGAAGAGGGUAAAUGCUACAAGUAUGAAAGAAACAAAAAAAAAUGUUGAAACUCAAACCAGAUAAAAAGGAACAAAGGCAAGAUGACAUGGGUAACCUGUUUGUUUGUAUUUUUUAAGCAUUUCUGUGAUGUUUUGUCCGUAGUAUUUCAAGUUUUGACUUAUUUUUUUUUCUUAAUGUAAAUCAAAUAAACAUUUCAAAUAGUCAAAAUGUUAUUGUUAUUAUUAUUAUUUUGAGCAAUUCCAUUUAUACUGGUAUUAAACUGUAUGUGAGAGUUAUCAAAAGUACAAUUUUGUUGUCCUCCAUUUAUACAAUUGAGGUUUCUGGUUAAUUUCCUUAUAGAAUUUAUGCAAACAUAAUUUUUAAUGCCAAAAAAUGAAGAAAUAUAACUGAAGUUCAGAAGGCAGGGGUUU